AAUAACGAAUCAGCGAUGCUAAUGCUAAUAAUGAGUAUAUUAAUAUAUAUAAGGUUAGCAGUGUUGAGUGAAUAUAGUCUCCCGCUGUAUUUAUUCUGUGUAAUUUCCAUAUUGUAAUUUGUAUCUCAUCUAAUUUCGAAUUCUGGAUUAUUCCAACGAGUUCUUUGAUCAACUAAUUAUUGUCCAACAAAUAUUGUGUACGUGCCAGUAAGGCACGUGUUAUUUUCGUAAAACUUUCAACCCAUCUGUGAUUGAUUCACGCCACAAUUUGAUAAUCAAACGGCAACGUGAAGCCACGUAUACAAUCGGAUAUUAGAAUACAUCCAUCAUCAUGUUGCAUAUCUUGUUUGCCCGCCGAUAUCGGCGAUUCUGUUUAUUCAUCUUAAUUCCUUUGGUGUUCUUUCUCAUUCUCGUAUUGACAUUCUUACCAGAUAAACUGGACAUUCUUGAUCCUGCUCAUAAAAGCGUUCAGAAAGCCGAACCUCUUAACGGUGAAAUUUUCGAAUCUCAAAUUGAUGAUAGUCAUAUCGAACUCGAAGCCAGAACACAGGUGCCAAUCUUUCGUGAUGGUGGUCUACUAGGUAACUUCGAGCCGCCGAAAUCAAUUCGAAAAUCGCGUGUUCACAGACCGGGAGAUUAUGGGAAAAAAUUUUCGAUGGAAAACCUUGAUGUUGAUCCAAACGAAGUGUCCGCUAAGAAAAAUGAAUACGGAAUGAAUAUAGUUGCAUCAGAUCAUAUCCCGAUGGACCGUAUCGUUCCAGACCUUCGUCACGAAGAAUGCCGCCAUUGGGACUAUCCAGAACAAUUACCCAGUGCUUCGGUGGUCAUUGUAUUUUAUAACGAAGGUUUUACCACUUUAUUGCGUACCGUACAUUCUGUGCUUAUCCGAUCUCCUCGACGUUUCCUUCGCGAAGUUUUGCUUGUCGAUGACUUUAGCGACAAGGAAAAUCUGCACGCUAAAUUGGACGAUUACAUCAUGGAACAUUUUGGAUCGUUUAAAAUGAACUGGAAACCUGACAUGAACGAUCGGGCCACUAUAUCUGGUGAGACGUUGGCUGAUCGUAGCGGUAAAGUUCGAGUUAUACGUAACAAACAACGACUAGGACUGAUCGGCAGUAGAGCACACGGAGCUAAAGAAGCUUUGGGUGAGGUGGUCGUCUUUUUGGAUGCUCACUGUGAAGUGAAUACUAAUUGGCUGGUUCCAUUAUUGGCUCCAAUCGCUGCCAACAAUCGCACAAUGACCGUACCAAUUAUCGAUGGUAUUGAUUCAAACACAUUCGAAUAUCGACCUGUUUAUCAGAAAGACAAACACUUUAUCGGCAUUUGGGAAUGGGGUAUGCUGUACAAAGAGCAAAGUCUCAACUUGAAACAACAUCUUCUUAACCAUCGCUUCUCCGAACCUUAUGAGUCUCCCACACACGCUGGUGGCCUUUUAGCCAUUAACCGGCAUUUCUUUUUUGAGCUUGGUGGAUACGAUAAUGGCCUGCUUGUCUGGGGUGGCGAAAAUUUUGAGCUAUCUUUCAAAGUUUGGCAAUGUGGAGGAAGAUUACUUUGGGUACCGUGUUCUCGUGUUGGUCAUAUUUAUCGUCCAUUCAUGCCUUACGGAUUCGGUAAAUUAGCACAGAAACGUAAAGGACCUUUGGUUUUAAUCAACUACAAACGAGUAAUCGAAGUAUGGUUCGAUUCAAAUUAUAAGCAAUACUUUUACACUCGCGAACCAAUGGCUCAAUUCUAUGAUGUCGAUGAUAUCUCUAAACAACUCCAAAUAAAGGAGAAAUUGCAAUGCAAAUCGUUCGAUUGGUUCAUCCAAAAUCAUGCCAAAUCCAUUUUCAUCGAUUUUCCCCGAUUGCCGCCCAAUGUCGGCUGGGGUGAACUUCAUUCAUUAGCUCACAAAAGCCUGUGCCUUGAUUCUCCAAGUGCCCAUCCGCCUUCCAUGAUUAUGUUGUCGGGUUGCCAUGGUAGUGGCGGAAACCAGUUGUUCCGGCUCAACGAAAAAGGACAGCUAGGCCUUGGUGAACGAUGUGUUGAUGCCAACGACAAUAGUGUUUUUCUCACCUAUUGCAAAUUAGGCACCGUUGAUGGACCAUGGAGCUUUGACAAGAACACUCAACAGAUGUUGAACAAAGGGCAAUGUCUAUCGUACCAUGAUAGCCAAUUGUUAUUGGCCGAAUGCAGCGAUAGCGAUCAAAACCAGAAAUGGUAUUGGCAUCCGAUCAAGCCUAAACGUCACUGAAUGGCGACCAAUUUUCUCAGUAUUGCUCUUUUUUUCGACCAAUCAUCUGUUUUCUGGCCACUUGUUGAUAGAUUGUCAUUACUAUAUCUGGAGCAAAGUUUCGACAAUGUAUACACAUUCCUUUUCUCAUUGCAAUUUUUUGUAGUUUGUUUCCUCAUACAUUUAUCCAUUGUGUUAACAACCGGUAAUAAAGGCUGGCUUUUUUAUUUUUCA